AUGCAACCGAUAUGAAACAAGCCACUAUUUUUCCCGUUAUUUUUUUUCUCUUCAUGAUGAAUAUUUUGUACAUGUAAGUUUCUGUGGCACUGCAGAACUCAACUUGAAUUAACAAGAGUACACCAGUCAACACGACAUAAUUUUACUCUUUUUAAUGAGAUGAUAAAACGUCCACAGAGACUGGUGACGAGUGCUGCCCACUGGUUGCUUUCUGAGCGUGUCAGAUGCAGCCCACACACGUUCUAUGUCUCGUAAGUAUUACCAACGGUAACAAACGAGGAUAUUUCAAGAACAACCAGACAAGUAAUUUUAAAUAAGUCAUCAACCAGUUGCCAUGGCUUCGGGUGGGGUCCCGAUUGGUGGGGUUCCGACUGGGACCUCCUACUGGCCCAGCAGGGUGGAGCUGACCAUCUCCUGCGAGAACCUCAUGGACAUGGAUGUCUUCUCAAAGUCUGAUCCCUUGUGUGCCUUGUAUAUUAACUCCUCAGACUCACGUUGGCACGAGUUAGGGCGCACUGAGAUGAUCCUGAACUGCUUGAAUCCAAGGUUCGCAAAGAAGUUUGUCAUCGACUAUUAUUUCGAGACAGUGCAGAGGGUCAAGUUUUGCGUGUAUGACAUAGACAACGACACCUACGACCUGGAAGAUGAUGAUUUUCUCGGGGAGCUCGAAUGCACUCUUGGCCAGAUUGUUUCUAACAAGCAGAUGACUCGACCGUUAAUGUUGAAGGAUGGGAGGCUUGCAGGUCGUGGUACUAUCACGAUCUCCGCUGAGGAAAUAUCAGACACCAGGGUAGCAAACUUUGAGGUGUCCGCAUGCAGGCUUGAUAAAAAGUUUUUUUGGUGGUCAGACCCCUUUCUGGAAUUCUACAAGCAGACAGGCACUGGAUGGCAGCUGGCUCACAGGACAGAGGUGAUAAAUAACAACCUCAACCCUACGUGGAGACCCUUCCGCAUCUCUUUGCGAUCUCUCUGUGGAGGAAAUGCCGAAACAACUAUAAAGGUUGACUGUUAUGACCAUCAUGUUAGUGGCUCCCACAGGCUCAUUGGAAGUUUUAAAACCACCCUUGCCGAGAUGCAAACCGCAACGCACGUCUCCCCUGUUGAGUUCGGUUGCAUUAACCCAAAGAAGCUAAAGAAGAAAGACUAUCAAAACUCUGGGGUCAUUUACAUAAAGCGCUGUCAGGUGGAGAAAGAAUACACCUUCCUGGAUUAUAUCAUGGGAGGUUGCCAACUGAACUUCACCAUUGCCAUUGAUUUCACUGGUUCGAAUGGUGAUCCCAAUUUACCCACUUCCCUCCACUAUAUCAACCCCGAGGGCUAUAAUGAAUACCUGUCUGCAAUCUGGGCAGUGGGCAAUGUGAUCCAGGACUAUGACAGUCACAAGAAGUUCCCAGUUUUUGGGUUUGGAGCCCAGAUCCCUUCAGCGUGGAAGGUUUCCCAUGAGUUCCCGGUCAAUUUUAAUCCAUCAAAUCCAUACUGCGAUGGCAUUGAGGGUGUGGUGCGUGCGUAUCAGCAGUGUCUGCCCCAAUUGAAGCUUUGGGGCCCAACCAACUUCUCCCCAAUUAUCAACCAUGUCGCCCGUUUUGCCAGACAAGGUCUUUACCAGAAUAAAGCUGCACAAUACUUUGUGCUUCUCAUCAUCACGGACGGCGUGAUCACAGACAUGGAUUUGACGCGCACGGCAAUCGUCGAGGCUUCUCGCCUGCCCAUGUCCAUCAUCAUAGUGGGUGUCGGAGGCGCAGACUUCCGCGAAAUGGAGUUCCUUGACAGCGAUGACAAACCGCUGCUUUCACCCAGUGGGGAAGCCGCUGCACGGGACAUAGUCCAGUUUGUGCCUUUCAGAAGUUUCUGCGGAAACAGUGUGGCACUUACACACAGUGUCCUAGCAGAACUGCCUGAACAAGUGUCGUCCUUCUUCAAUUCUUACAAGUUGAAACCUCCGAACAUAAACAGUGAAUGGCACCGCCCACGACACACCAGCAAUAGCAGCUGGACCCUUCUCCACACCAGCCUUCCCUUCAGUGCUGCACUGCGACUGUCUCUGUCAGGUCUUGCGUAUGUCAAUCCUUUAGCUGGGAUGGCAGCAGUUGGAACUCCCCGUCCUGGGGUCCCCGACUGUGUGACCAGGGUGGCCCUGAACCUCUCCUGUCAGAAUCUGAUUGACAUGGAUGUCCUCUCCAAGUCUGACCCACUGUGUGUGUUUUACAUGAGCACAUCUGGAACAAGUUGGGUGGAGGUUGGUCGGACGGAGAGAAUCAUGAACUGCCUCAACCCCAAAUUUUCCAAGGAAUUUGUCAUUGACUACCACUUUGAGACAGUGCAGAACUUGAAGUUUGAGGUGUUCGACAUUGACGACAAUGUCGGCUGCAGUCUGCAAGACGCUGACUUCUUGGGGGAACUGGUGUGCACGUUGGGACAGGUUGUGUCUUCAAGGACUCUAACAAAACCACUUGUCAUGAAGGACAAGAGGCCUGCAGGAGCUGGAACAAUUACUAUACAUGCAGAAGAAAGAACGGACAACAGAGUGAUGCGAUUUGAAGUUGCAGGUAGACAACUGGACAAACAGAGUUUUUUUGGCAAGUCUGACCCAUUCUUGGAAUUCUACAAGGAGACAGCAACGGGAUGGCUGUUAGCUCACAGGACAGAGGUGAUAAAAUACAACCUGAACCCAGUAUGGAGACCGUUCCAAAUCCCGAUUCAGGCACUCUGUGGAGGUGAUGUGGAGAAAUCUAUAAGGGUCGAUUGCCACGACUACAGGAGCAAUGGCUCACAUAACUUAAUCGGAUCCUUUCAGACCACACUGAGCCAAAUACAGCAGGCAUCGCAAACUUACGCGGCUGAGUUUGAAUGCAUCAAUAGGAAGAAGAAGCAGCGCAAGAAGAGCUACAAAAACUCUGGCAUUAUCGUCAUCAAACAGUGCAAGAUCGUCAAGGAGUACACUUUCCUUGAUUACAUCUUUGGCAGCUGUCAGAUUAACUUCACCAUCGCCAUUGACUUCACAGCCUCCAAUGGGGAUCCCAAAACUCCACAGUCCCUUCAUUACAUCCACCCCCACGGCUAUAAUGAAUACCUUUCGGCGAUCACGGCAGUUGGUAAUGUCAUCCAAGACUAUGACAGUGACAAAAUGUUCCCCGUGUUGGGCUUCGGAGCUCAGAUCCCUCCGAUGUGGCAGGUCAACCACGAGUUUGCUGUCAACUUCAACCCUUCGAAUCCAUUUUGUGAAGGCAUUGCAGGGGUUGUGCAAGCCUACCAGCAGUGUUUGCCGCAGGUGAAGCUCUACGGCCCAACAAACUUCUCCCCGAUCAUCAACCACGUUGCCCAUUUUGGCCAACAAGCCUUACAGCAGCAUCGUGCCUCCCAAUACUUUGUACUGCUCAUCAUCACUGAUGGCGUGAUCACGGACAUGGAUCAGACUCGCGACGCCAUCGUCAAAGCCUCGCGUCUGCCCAUGUCGGUUAUUAUCGUGGGAGUGGGCAGGGCCGACUUCAGCGCCAUGGAGUUCUUGGAUGGAGAUGAUGGACUUUUGCGCUCGGCUGCAGGCGAGGCUGCCAUGAGAGAUAUUGUCCAGUUUGUUCCAUUUAGACAGUUCCAAAAUGCAGGAGCUGCUGCCCUUGCCCAAAGCGUAUUGGCUGAAUUACCUGACCAAGUGGCCUCUUUUUUCAACUUAUUAGACCUGAAGCCCCCCAGUGACCCCAGUCCUGCUUAGAAUUGU